AUGCAACAGACAAACAGCAUUGAGAGCCUUGCUGAGGAGCAGGAAAGGAAGCUGCCCAAGUUCCUCAGAAGCUGGGUGCCAUUGACUUACUCCUCUUCAGAGAACUGCGUAGGUGGAAAGGGACCUCUGGAGGUCCUGCUCAAGGUAGAUCCAGUGAGAGCAGAUUCUUUACUGACCCUGAGCAUCUCCAAGGAUGGAAAUCCCACGUACUUUCUGGACCCCCUGCCCCAGUGUUUCACCACCUUCACGGUAGUUGUCGAUGGCAAUAAGGACUCUUGGCCUUCUCUUCUUAAGGCUGAACAGACCAGUUAUCUCAGCCGCUUUUCAAUACAGCAAGCACUCCAGCCCAGGAAACAGCUGGAUGGCAUCUGGCACACCUCCAUAAUAGUCCAUAAGGAUGAGUUCUUCUAUGGCAGCGGAGGAAUCUCCAGCUGUGCACCUGGAGGGACACUUCUUGGCCCCCCAGACUCAGUUGUUGACCUGGGGAACACUGAAGUCACGGAAGAAAUUUUUCUGGAAUAUCUUUCCUCUUUGGGGGAAUCUAUGUUCCGAGGAGAGUCUUAUAACCUCUUUGAACAUAACUGCAACACCUUCAGUAAUGAAGUGGCCCAGUUCCUGACAGGAAGAAAAAUCCCUUCCUACAUCACUGACCUUCCAGCUGAAGUUCUUGCCACACCUUUUGGACAAGCUCUAAGGCCCCUCCUCGACUCCAUCCAGAUCCAGCCACCCGGAGGAAAUACCUUCAGCAGACAUAAUGGACAGAGCUAACAGGAGUGACCCAGCGUGCCCAGCGUCACCAGGCCUCUUCCUUUUUAAACAUGAAUCUACCAGAUUUCUAUUUUAUAAUUUCCCAUCAGAAUUAACUCUACGGAAGUUAUAAGACAAGUUUUAAAAUUUCCUAGGGAGAGGAUUUAUCAGGGUGCAUGUAAGACAAUGCUACCAAAAAGAUUGCCAUAAUUUCUAAUAGUAUUAUACUAAUUUAU